CCCAAAGCGUUUUGAGGCGGUGUUUCCAUUACUUCCGUAUACUUUGGAGUAUUUGAAAACGUUUGCUCGGUUAAUCAAUCACGAAUCGAUCGUGUUUGAAAUAUCGCUGCGCCAUGAAUACUCCAAGACGACAGGUGGCGCCCCCUCCCUAAAAAAAGGCCGUUGCAAUCAAACACUCAAACAAGAAGACGUUCUGCGACGUAGCACGUUUCCUACGAGGAGGAGGAGGAGGCAAGAGUUGAUCAUCUUUUGGCCACAAAAGUGGACUUUCGCUGAUUUACGAGUGAAUUUGACGGGGGAAAGCACGUCAAUAAACGGUGACGCCAAAGUCCAUGUAGCCAGCAGAAAAGCCAUGAACGUGAGUUUGAAAAGCAAGAAGCGCGUGGUCCUCCCCAGCAGACCCUCUCCGCCCAGCGUGGACCACAUCCUGGAGGACGUCAGCGGCGCUGAGCCCGGUGACCCGGUCUUCCGCAUCCUUCAGCGGCCCCAACAAGCGGGCGAGGCGGAGCGGACCUUCCGGCAAUGUCGGCGCCUCGCCGACGUCAAGCGGCAGCUGCAGGAAGUGGAGGCGGUCCUCCUGCGUCAGCGGGACCACCUGAGGGCGACGGGACGUCGUCUGGACCGCGAUGUGGCGGAGGUCAAAAGUGGACUAGGCUGACUGCUCUGGAGCUCCGCCUUCGACCUUUGACCUCACCGUGACGGUAGAAGUUGACUGGAGGGACGAGGGAAUGCAAACGUUGUUAAUGAGGACGCCCCCUGGUGGCUGAAGGCUGCUUGCACAUACAAACCUCAUCACACUCGUAUUAUUUUCAUAUGAUUAUUAAAGGGAUAUAUGAUGGAAAA